AUGCGACUGUCGAGACUACGAAAUAUUGUGAAUAAAAAAUCCUUAAUAACAGUCGCUGGACCGAUGGUGCGAUAUUCUAAAUUACCAUUUCGAGAGGUUUGUCGAUUUUAUGAUGUUGACAUUGUUUAUACUCCUAUGAUUUUAGCAAGAGAAUUUGUUAGAAAUGAAGUUGCAAGAUACUCCGAUUUUACAACUAAUGAUAAAGAUACCUGUGUAAUAGUUCAAGUUGGAGUUAAUAAUGUCGAAGACUUUAUGAAAUUUGUGGAUAUGAUACUACCUUAUGUUGAUGGAAUUGGAAUAAAUUGUGGAUGUCCUAUAAGAGAUCAAGUAAGAGAAGGUAUUGGGGCAGCUUUAAUGAGUGAGCCAAAUUUGGUUGCAAAUUUAAUCAAGACAGCAAAAUUGAAGUAUGGAGAUAAAGUUUUCAUUGAUACAAAGAUAAGGAUACAUAAAGAUAUAAAUGAAACUAUUGACUUUGUGAAAAUAAUUCAAGAAGCAGGAACUGAUAUGAUUACGGUUCACGGUAGAACAAAAACUACUAGGUCUUCUGUUCCUGUGAAUCUAGAAGCUAUAAAAACAUUAAGACCUCACAUUAAAGUUCCAAUGAUAGCGAAUGGUGAUUGUUUUACAUUAGAUGACUACAAAAGAAUAGUCGAGUACACAAAAGUUGAUGGUGUAAUGUCAGCAAGAGGAAUACUAGCGAAUCCUGCUUUAUUUAAAGGAUUCAAUAAAACACCUUGGAGUGCAGUUGAAAAAUUUAUGGAUCUUACAACAAGUUAUGGUUUACCAUUUAAGAUAUCACAACAUCAUGUUUCACAAUUUUUAGAAAACAUGGAUGUUUCUAAAAGAACAAUAAAACAAUUAAAUGAUUGUAAGAAUAUGAUUGAAAUGAUUGAUUUACUUGAUAGUCAAUUCAUAUUGAAGAGAUCAAAUGAAAUACAAUUUGCAACAGCUAUAGAUCCACAAUUUAGGUAG